AUGACAGACUCCAUAACUGGUACUCAUUUCAUUGCAAUAGCUACCUGGUUUGCACCUUCUCCCCUUUUCAUCCUUGUUAACCUUGUCAUUGGUACCAUAGCUCUCGUUUCUUGCAUCAGUGCUGCACCUAAAAUCAAAAUCAUCCAACGAGCCAAGUCCUUUAAUCCCCGUCACUACAACAAUAACCAAGAACCAACAUCUAGUGCUACACAACCCGAGUCAGGAUCCGAGUCUACUCAACCCCAACUCGUUCAAACACCAACCCCGUUAAACCGAGUCGUGUCCUUCAAUCUCUCCCUUCAUAAACUUGCGCCAGUAAAAACAACACAUUACCUUCAACCCGAAACCGAAAACUCGUCUGUGGAACUGGAUCCAAAACUGGUUUGUGAUGAGGAGAAGAGCUCGGUGGAACUGAAGAGAUCGGUGAGCGAGAAGGAGUGUUCGAUGACGUUGGAGUGGGAGGAGGAAGAGGAUGAAGAAGCGUUGGAGAGAAGGAGGCCAGCGACGGCGAUGGCGAGAAGUGAAACGACGACGUGUAAAGAAGAUGAAGGAGUUGACGCGAAAGCUGAUGAUUUUAUCAACAUGUUUAAGAACCAACUGAGGUUGCAAAGGCUUAACUCUUUUGUCCGCUACAGAAACACACUUACACUUCCAUCCUUUGAAUAG